AUUAUGACGCCAGAAUUAGCUGCUGCACUGGAUCGUGGUAAUGUAAGUAGCCGAAGCGCCACAUAUGUUUUGGCAGCUACUUUAAAAAGUGUGGGAUUCGAUACUCGGAAUGUAAAUUUGAGUUAUAAAACUAUUCAACGACAGCGUAUAAUUCAUCGGAAAGAAAUUGCUAAAGGCUUAAAAGAAGACUUAAAAUUCAAUGACAAUUAUGUGGUCCAUUGGGAUGGUAAACUGCUAAGUGAUAUUGUUGGGACAGAAACAGUAGAUAGGCUUCCGGUGCUUUUAACAUCGUCUGGCAGUGAACAGCUAUUGGGUAUUCCAAAAAUUAAUUCAGGAUCUGGGAUUGAGCAAGCUUUAGCUGUAUACUCAACUAUGGAGCAAUGGGGUGUCAGUAAUUACAUAAAAGCGAUAUGCUUUGAUACUGCAGCAACCAAUACGGGAAUUCAUCAUGGCGCUGGCGUAGAGCUUGAGAAAAUUCUGAAACGAAAGCUUAUAUGGUUACCCUGUCGUCAUCAUGUAAUUGAACUUGUCAUAAAAGGCGUUUUUGAAGCUUACUGGCCAGUACAAUCAGGUCCGAACGUUCCAUUUUUUAAUCGAUUUAAAAUCGGUUGGAAUAAAAUCAACACAUCCAAAUAUAACGCUGGCAUCAACGAUAAGAUAGUGGCUAAUAUACUAUUAAACAAAAAAGAUGAACUAUUAAGUUUUAUCGAUAAUUAUUCGCAGGUAUAUUUUGAGUUGUAAAAGUACACAGAAAAAACUUUUUGGUCAAAGAAAAUUUUCAUUUUAGGCAAGAUAGUGUUCUUUUUAAUAAUUUUCUUAAUUCAAGUUGACCACGUUUUGUGUACACAAUUUAAAAUCUCCAGUUCUCAUGUAAAGAUAUUACCUUUCAAUAAUAACAGAAAUGAUCAUAUUUUUUUGCAGAAAUUUCUUCCAAGAAAUGACUAUCGAGAAUUUUUGGAGUUAUCAUCUAUUUUCUUGGGAGCUACGCCAAAGGAUAAUUACACUUUUAAAUGUCCGGGAGCAAUGAGUCAUGCUCGUUGGAUGUCGAAGGCGAUUUAUUGUUUGAAAAUAUUUAUUUUUCGAACAGAGUUUAAGAUUACACCUAAAGAGUUAAAUAAUCUUCGUCAUAUUUGUAUUUUCAUAGUUACAAUUUAUAUAAAAGCUUGGUUUACUUCAUCCUCGGCAAUUUUGGCUCCAAAUAAUGAUUUGACUUUGAUGCAACAAUUGAUAUUAUAUAA